AGUCUAAUUACAUAAACUAAUCAUAAAUCAACCGAAAUGCAUUAAGAUUUCUCCAUUCCAUCAAUGUAGCUGAAAAUACUGUUCACUUUUAAGCCAUAGGAAAAGCGAAUUUUAUGCAUACUAAAUGGUUACUGCAUUCCAUAGUACAAUCUUUUUAUCUCUGGACAAUGCUUUGUAAUCCUUAGCGGCAAAGUACGAUUAAGUCCAACGAUAAUUUGGUCAAUCUGGCAAUAAAAUGUUCUUCAACUAGUCGUAGACACAUCGAGAGCCCUGGCCUGGCCGACCACGCUUACCGACAUUUAUCCGUCAUCUAAUUUCCUGUUGGCCAAUCGUUCUAUGUAAUGCAAUAAAACUUCAAACUUCUGAUUAGUAUUUAAUUUUUCUGUUUUAACACGUAGUAUAGUUUAACUCGUGGUUAAUAGAACAUAAAAAUCUUGUAUUAUCACUUGAUAAUUGAUCCUUCUCCAAAUUAAUUUUAGGGUAUAAUAGUCUGAGGACACUAAUGAACUCUUGAUACGAAUGAAAUAAUGAAGAAGUUUGAAUCUCACUCGUGUUUCUUCGGAUGGUGGUUUAUAUACAUCCCUCAUAUUAUAGAUAAAUAAGAUGCAAAAGAUCAAUUUAAAUUUGCAUGUUGAACUCAACGAUGAGUGAAAAGUUCUAACACCAUGGUGACCAAUGGUAAUGGGUCUUAGAAAUUGCAAAAACCAAAGGAUAAUAUAAUACAAGUGAUUAAACAUUCUUGGUUCUCAGAUGGGCUUGCUUUAAAAACUAGUUACCUAAACCAUUGUUGGGAGACAAAUUAAUCACUCAUUAUUCGUAAGCACUUUAAGUUAUGGAGUAUGGUGACUAAACUUUUACCUAUAGUUUUAGUAAUCAUCCAUUUCUCUAUAAUCCAUCCAUAGGUUACAGGAGACACUGAUAUUGUCCUUCAACAUUUGGUUGGACCUAUGGAUAUUUUAACAUAUCCUCCUUUCUUAUUUGACGACUUAAAACAUCUAUGAAGAUUUGCCAUAAAGGUUUACUUACAUUUAUAGUUUCCCCUUGACGAAAUUCUACUUUUGGUUGAUAUGUUUUAGAUAUGUCGUCUGGGGACACCAAUUCACAACAUAAAGAGAGUUUAAUGCAUGAGAUCAAUGCAUUGUUUUCUCCACCAACAAAUGAAUCAUACGGUAAAAAAGGUUCACUCGGUAUUCCUUCUUUUCGUCGCGCAAGGAAAAACAAUGAAUCAACGACGAACAGUUCAGAAACAAAUAAUUCCAGUUUAGAGCACUACCAACUACCAAAUACAUCUGGAAAAAAUGAUCCAUUUUGGAGGAAACCUCGUGCUAAUUGUCAUGAAUACUGUGAUAGUUGUGGUUGUAUUGAAGGCGAAAGACUUGUCUGCGAUCGAUGUCCAGCCAGCUUUCACCUUGAAUGUCUUGACCCACCAUUAGAUCCGGAUGAAGCACCUGUUGGUGUCUGGUUUUGUCAUCGAUGUUCAAUGGUGUUGAAAGAUGAAGAAGAUAAAACUUCAACAUCAAGUAGUCAAACAACUAUAGCUACAGAUACAGGUUCUUCACGUUCUGGUAAAAGUGGACAAAAACGCCAAGAUCAAGCAUCAUCAUCAUCAUCAUCAGUUGGAACUACAACAGCAGCAACAGUUGGACUAUCAGCUUCCACUUCUACAUCUUCCAUUAGUAAUAACAAUAAUAAUAGUCAUUCUCACCAACAAAAUUCAUUACAACAAUUUAUCCAAUCACAAACUAGCAAACGUCAUUAUACAUUCCGUUCGACAUUUAACGAACAAUAUUGUUUAGAUAUGAAUAAAUUAUCGAGUAGUCGUUCCAGUACUUGGGGUGAUUCAGCGUAUGUUGCUGAUAUUGAAGAAUCUGAGCUAAGAGCAUUAUGGAAAGUAAUUGAAUAUGCGAAAUAUCAAAAUCCAAAAGAAUAUGAUCUACCGAAAGACUUAUUACCUGGUGUUAAGCUUCCUGGUUCAUAUAAAACACCAACAGAACGGAAAAAUAAAAGUAUCAUCGAAUUAGAGAAUGGUCUUAUUCCACAACCUGUAAGACGUUGUUAUGUAUGUGUUCGAACAUGUUUCUAUGCUCCUUUGUUACCAUGUGAUUAUUGUUCAUCAUGCUUUCAUUUAGAAUGUUUAAAUCCACCAUUAUCUCAUUUUCCACCACGUUCUGAUCGAUGGAUGUGUCCAAAUCAUACAGAACAUACAACUGAACGUUAUUUAACUCGUUCAAUACGAUUAACUGAACGUAUGCAAAUUUGGACUAAAUUAUAUUUAUCAUUAAAUAAUGAAAAUAAUCAUUAUGAACAAUCUAUUGAUAAAACUGAUGAAAUGACAAAAAUACUUGAACAUAUACCUCCAUAUGAAUUAACUUAUACACCAGAUGAAGAAAGUUCUAUACUUUCUGAUUUAAUGCGUACUAUUCAACGUAGUAGAAAUGAACAACAACAACUACAACAACAACAGUAUCAGUUAUUGUCAUCGAAUUUAUCCAAUACAGCAAUGUCAAGUAUUUUCGAUUCAAUAUUAUAUACUACUAAUAAUACUACUACUAUUGAAGAUAAACAACAUAUAUUGUCCAAUCGUCAUUUAUGGCGUUUAAAUCGUGAAUUAGCAGCAAAAUCUAGAAAUAAUCAAAAUUAUUAUGAUAAACAGAUAAGAAUUGUGGUACCAAAAGCAGUUAAACAUUUAUACAAUAAUCCAGUAAAACGAAUUCCACGUAUUAAUGAAUCAUCAAAUGUAUAUCAAUUAACAAAUUUACUUGAUAGUUCCAGUACAGAUGAAAAGAGUAUAUUUGUUCGUGGCCUUUUACAAUUUUAUUUACAAAAUACUCUACAAUUACCUACACAAUCGUCAAAUCUAAUACAACCAGACGGUAGUAGUAGUAGUACAAUGAUUAGUGAUACUAGUGAUACUAUUGUCACUACUAAUGCAACACAACUGUCAAUAUCAUCAUCAUUUGAAACAACUCCUAUCGCUGUAACAACAACAGCUAUUGACAGCCACAUCAAUGAUAAUAAUACAUCUAGUUCCCUCGUAACAGAUAACAAGACAACUGAUACAUUGAAGCUAACUACAGAUUCCAUUGAUAUGAACACUGGCAAUAAUUCAUCGAUAUUACCAUACAAUACAGAACAGAUAUCUAAAGAUCCUUCCUUUAUUCAAGAUGACAACGAACAUUUGUGUAACUCCUUCGAACAAUUGAAUACAGCAAUUAUAAAGAAAUUCAAUAAUAUUACUGAUAAUAAUAGUAUUCCUUCUAAAUUGGCUCGUUUAGACCCUCAAUUAUUGUAUACUUUAGCGGCACAACGUAUUUAUGAUCUCUUGGGUAUUAACAAUGAAAAUUCUAUUUUUCCUAAUGAAGACAAUAUUAAACAGAAUAGUUGUAAAACAAAGAAAGACACUUCUAAAACAUUGAAUAUUCCUGAAAGUUGUAUCCGUGCAAGAGCUGUACUAACACCUUGUGAUGGGACUAAUGGAUAUGAAACUCGAAUGCAUUAUAGGCAAUUGACUGUUGGUACAUCACCGGAUUGUCAUUUAUGUUUAGCUAAUUAUAAUUUAUCUUCAUUAAAUAAUCAAAAAUGUUCAUUUAUAUCACCACAUCAUGCUACAAUCUUCUAUGAUGAUUGGACACAACAUUAUGAAUUAAUUAACUAUAGUGAAUAUGGUACACGUGUAGAUGGUAUUAUAUAUGGGAAUGAUAUAGAUAGAAAAUUAAUUUAUAUUCCAGAAUCUUCCGAUCUUGUUCAUCGAGUUCGUAAUCUCAUAAAAACUGCUCCUAAAGAAUUAUCACCAAAUUAUCAAACAUCAUCGGUUAUUCCGGAACUUUGUGCUUCACCGCCUAAACGUCUAAUGAAAAUGUUAAGUAAACGACAUGAAGUAAGUGAAAUAUACUUAUUUAAAACUUAUUUUUAUUAUGUCAAUGAAAAAGAAUUAUUUUUACAAGUGUUAGAUCUUUCGUAGCCUCCAAGUCACCCGAUUGAGAUAUUCGCGAAGUUUCCAAAACAACGAUUUGUGUACAAUAGCGGUUCAUUAUUGAAUAAUACACAAAAUUUAGUUACAAAUCUUAACUUGUGAGGUGUCUGGAGCGUUUAAAUGCGUCCUUCAAGUAUGAAAAUAAAAAGGCUUCCUGUAACAGUAACAUAAAGAAUAAUUAUAACAUACGAUAGUACAAAAGAUAGCUGAUAGCUGUGUCAAAUGUCGAUAAGAGUUUAUCAACAAGCAAAGAGGGAACCUACUUAUUUACUUACGCCUGUUACCUCUCGUCGAGUAGCAUAGGCUGCCCACCACCAUUCUCCAUUCAUAUCUCUUCUUGGCAAUCCUUUCCACUUUUUUCCCAGUUGCUAUUCAUCCUUUUUCAUGUUUGCCUUCGAUUCCCGACUCAAUGUGUUGUUUGACCUUCCUCUUUUUCGUCAAGGUCUUCAUACUCCUGUCGAACACCACCAGAAAAAAGGAGAAAGAGGGAGAGUAGGCAACAAAUUUAACAACUUGUAUAACUAAACUCAUUUCGUGAUAUAAACUAUAAAAUCAAACUUCUUAGUAGUAAUUUUGUAGAUUUUAUUUCUAAUGUUUACUGUUAGAGAUGAAUAACCUAGUUGCGAUCUCAUGGUAUAGAGGUGAUUGUACAUGUACAUACCAUAAUGUCGACACAUUUCGAACGAGAAUAAAAUAUUUUUAUUCAGUGAUUAUUAGUUUAUAUUUCCAACUUUAAGUUAGUUGCUGUGGUGCGAAAUUACAUAUUGUAUAAUAGAGCUAAAAAGUUGUCUUUGUGAAAUAUUGUUCUCGAAUGCCCUGGUGUGACCGAGGGUGGAGAGAGUUCACUCUCCAUAUAGAAACGCUCUCAAAUGAGCACGCGUAUACAAUCACUUCCUUUUCGUGGUGAGGGUGUUUUUUGCUAGAUUAAGAGGACGAGAAGCGAAUAUGGAUUAGACCACUGGUCAAAGGCUACGGGUGUAUCCCUCUAAGAGAACCACUUGCUUCCGUUAUAGCACCCGGGCAUUAUCCCUCACACAAAUCGAAUGGUGAAGUGUGAUGCAUAUCUAUUUGGUGCCUCCUUGUACCUAUGUUUAUGUGUUUAAAUUAUAUGUAUAUUCCUUAAUGCAAACUGAAAAUUAAGACAUUGUGGUAGUGUAAUUAAAUGUUUUCCAGUAAAUUGACAAGAAAUCCUUGAACCCUGAAUUUACCAUUCAACAGCAAGUCGUAUUUACACUUUGAAAAACUCGCAUGCUCCUCUAUGGAUUUAAAUGGAUAUUAUUCAAUAGAAGAUAUCAUCAUUGGAACCCGUUCACUACUGAGGUCUCAGUCGGUUAUAAGACAAACUCACUCGUUUAUUAUUAUUUUAUUUAACCACAUGAAAAUUGAUACGGGGAGUCACCAAACAGAUAUCCUCCACAUAAAUCAUUCAAUUUAAGUGAGGGCUGAGAUUGCUUCCCAGGUGCCCGAACCCAAGCAGGUGUAUUUCUUAGGGGGCUACAUCCCAAGCCUUUGACUUACAGAUCUAAUCCACGAGGUAGUGGAGCAACGUCAGGAGAUGCAGUCCUAUGGUAGCUAAUGACCAACAAUCAGUUCAUACACCUUUUGUUCCCUCAGGAUACUGGAACCCAUGUGCAGCAUCGGUUCGAAAUGAGGGUUUCUUUAACUGCCCCAAAUGGAUUCUUCAUAUCCACUAACUCAUUUAAAGAGUCAAACAUUCACUUUUCAUCCUCUUCAUUUCAUAAACAACAACCCCUUAACGACAAUAUAGUGAAAGUAGGAUUUUCCUGUCAGAUCAUUUCAAGAAGGAGAACUGACUCUUCUCAUUCUCAACCAUCAUUAUUAUUAUUAUCCUCAUUUAUACCUGUUCUCUUUUUCUUUUUCUUUUAUAUACUUUACCAGGAUUUAUCACAUAUGACAUCUAUAUGUGAUUGUACAAGUUUACAUUUUACUCAAAAUGAUAAAUUUCUAGUAGAUAAAACAGAUUCAUCAUUCGAUUUAAUCACUGGUUGGGAAGGUUCUGCUAUUUUAAGACAUGGUUCAAUGAUACAAUUUGGUUGUUAUAAAUUUAUUUUUAGUUUAGUCAAUCAUUCUUUACCUUCCCAUCCAUCAUCAACAUCAUCAUCGACGUCAACAUGGAUGACAAUCAAUAAUAGUUCAACACAAUCUUCUUCUUCGCAUGAAUCACCAGUACUACUUACAGAUUCUUUAUCAGUAGUAACAAAAGAUUUUUUAAAAUUAUCUAAAAAUAACAAUUUACUUGUUCAUUAAUUUUUUAAAAGUGAUUUAAUAAAUCAAACGAACAAAAAAGGAAAGAAAGAAAAAAGAGAGAAAACGAUAUAAACAGUAUUAUCAUUCUUAUGAAUUUAUACUACUUAUAAACUACUUAUAUAUAGAUAUAUAAUUUUGUAUAUUUGUGUUGUAUGAAAUUUAUGAUUACAAUUAUUAUUAUCGUAUUUUAAC